AUGCAGAACGGCGACCACCUCAACGGCAAUGAUCCCAACGGUCUCCUCGCCCGCAUCGGCGGCGUGUGGGCUGGUCAUGUCCUGCAAGGACAAUUCCAAUACGAGGUCGCAGGCCUUCUCAAGCGCACAUCAAACCGCUUCCCCGGCGCCCAACCAGUCUCGUUCUCCAAAGCCCACCUCGAAGAGCUAAAACGAGCCGACUACUACGUCUGCGAGAAGACGGAUGGCAUGCGCUACCUUCUCUGGAUGACCGAUGACGCCGGCCGACCCAUCAACUACCUUAUCGACCGCAAGAACGACUAUUACUUCGUCGACGGCCUCUUCUUCCCCCACCAGGACUCCAAAGAUUGGACCAAAGCCCACGAAGACACCAUCCUGGACGGCGAGCUCGUCGAAGACCGUUUCCCCGACGGCACCACACAGAUCAAGUUCUACGUCUUCGACUGCCUGAUGAUCGACAAGCAAGACCUCAUGGGCCGACCUCUCGACAAGCGACUCGCGUAUUUCCAGAUGAACAUCCUCAAACCCUACAAAGCCUACCGACGCGCUCAUCCGGAAAAGGACCAGCCAUUCCAACUGGCCGACAAAUCAAACGAGUUCUCGUACGGCCUAGAGAAGAUGUUCAAAGAGACCAUUCCCAAAGUCAAGCUGCUUCACGGAAACGAUGGUCUGAUCUUCACAUGCAAAGACAGCCCUUACUGUCCUGGCACGGAUCCCCAUAUCUUGAAAUGGAAGCCCCCAGAGGAGAACACGGUCGACUUCUUGCUGCAUAUCACCUGGCACACGGAGCCUGCAGACCCGAUGGAUGCAGAUCAGUCGCCUAUCGAAGACUACCACACUAUGCCCCAAGACUUCGGCCUGUACGUCAACUACGGCCGCGACCAGUACGAACGCCACGGCGAACUCUACGUCUCGCCCGAAGAGUGGCAGAACUUCAAAUCCAUGAAUCGACCUCUCCAGGACUCAAUUAUCGAGUGUUUCGUGGAAGAUGCCUCACAGAGCCCGCCCAACGGUCUGAAUGGCCACAACCACAGCAAUGGCACAAACAGCGCAGCAGCCGGCAAACGCUGGCGCUUCCAUCGGUUUCGUGACGACAAGGAGGAAGCUAACCAUAUCUCUACCUUUGAGAGCGUGCAAGACUCGAUCAUGGAUCGCGUAACCGAGGAGGACCUGUUGAAGCAUGCAGGAGAUAUCAGGGCAAGGUGGAAGGCCAGAGACGCGGAGCGGAAAGCCAGUGUUGCUCCUGGUGGCGGGAAAUAA